GCAUGGUAGAGUCUCCAUAUUUAAGGAUGAUGUCUAAGCAAGAUGAAGGAUGAGCUAACCGUACAAAUUCACCACGCAGCGCACGAAAGCCCUCUCUCACCAAUCGAGAUUUCUAUUCCAACCAGAACUAGGACGGCAUAACUUCCCAUAACAAAUGGAUAUCGAUGAGGACUUCUUUCCUGACUGUGUCAAGCUUCUCUGGGGUCUGACUCUCAUUGCUAUCGGCCUUGCCCUUGCUGUGUUUUACGAGACGCGUUGGCCUGAGUAUCCCUAUGCCAACAACAAAACUACUAGACGGGAGCGAGACGGGAGCGGAACGAGGACUGAGAGGGGACGGGUAAGAGAAAUCAACGGCACGAUGCUUCAAUGCUCAAAUCUUUAUGGAAAACCCGGCGAGAGAAGGAGCGGAACAUGCUUGCUGUUGCAGAGGCUAGCAUUGCGUUGGGCGACUGUCUGAGCUAUGGGACAUCAAGGUCAGAGGUUACGUCCAUCUACACAAGUUGCUUUCUUGAUCAUUUCCUCAGGAUGGUAGUCGCAUGAAAGCUUAUUAUCUCCGUCGUUGGGGAAGCUUAUGCGACAAAGAUGCGCACAGGAAAGUCAAGGUACCGAAUAAUUUUUAUCGGUCAUUUGUUUGCACAGCGGGGUAUGAGCCCUAUAGCUCAAGGUUAUCGGUAUG